AUGAAAAGUUUCCUGAAGUGUUUGCUGAAGUCACAGACCAAUGCCGUUUUCACCCACCUUCCCUUUCAAUGGAUAUAUUUGGUACGUUCAACCCAAGCUCUUACUCUUUCAUUUACUGACCUGUAUGUAGCUAAGAUAGAAAUAUAAUGCAUUUUGCACUUAUUAAUGCACUGGCGUGCCAAACUCCUAGGAAAUUCCAUCACUGCAUGAGAGUUAUUUCAGGAGCUGAAUGCUCUGAAUCAUGUUUAUUCAUCAUUGACAGAGCACUUUGAGAUCCUCACAGUGUCUGCCUUGAAAAGGUCAUGGCGUGCUAAUUUUCCUGGCUUUCAGUGCCAGCAAUAAAAGCACAUUUUUGGCUAUCAAUCCUCAUCAUCACCAUUAUCAUAGCCAUCCUAUUGUUGCUCUUUGUUGGUAGGUGACAAAUGAAAAAAACAACAACCACAAAGAGAAAUGAAGAGCAAAGUCUCACGUCCCCUGAAAUAAUUGAGAAAAGGAAAAUAUGCUAAGGAAUUGCACUGGCACUCAAAAAGCAUCAGGACAUUUUAAAGAAAGAAAGGAGACAGCAGGGAUGGGCUCACUUUGGUCUCAUUCCUAUUCCUGUGCUGAAAAGCCAGUGGUCCAUGGCAUGUGCAAUAUAUUUUCAGUGGAAGAGGGCAUGAUCAAGAUCUCUUAAGCAGGGAUGGGGAAUCUGUGACCCUCCAGAUAUUGUAGGACUCCAGCACUCAUCAUCCUGACUACCAGCCAUGCUGACUGGGACUGCUAUAUGAGAUACGUUGCUGUCCGAAUCCACCAUUCUUUGCAAGAAUCCCAGGAAUCUAAAGCUGCUAGUCAACUGAUCAGUGAUGCAUUAGGUAACAUAAGGACUACCUUGUGUUCACCUCUGAGCAAUAUUCUUUUUUGCAUAAGGCACUGUAGAACAAUAAAAAAUACAGGUCCAGAUGGAACAAGGAGCCAGUGUAAAGAGCCACAAAGAGGCCUAAGAGGACAAGUGGGAACACUGAGCUGUGUUGCAGAAGAACAAAAACCGAAGGCUGAGAGGGAGAAAUAGGGAUGCAAUACUACAUUCUUAGCUCUCAAGUCAGUGCUUUCCCCCACUAAAUUAGUGGGUGGACCAUUCCGACUUCUGGGCUUGCCCUCCAUGGGGCCAGUCCCAUGACAUCAUCAGUUGUUGUGGGGCCUUCGUAAUUCUGGUAUGCAUGUGUGCUCCUGCAACUUGGGGCGGGGCCCCACAGCCUUUUAUCUUUGUCAGGGUAGCGGCCGGUCCUCAUCGCCCAGCAACUCACCUCCCUGUUUCGCCUGAAGGUGAGCACUCUUCCUGCAAGUUCUCAGGUCUCUCCUUCUCUCAGACCUCAGUCUCUGCAGCUUGGGAGACCGCAGUAGGUUACUAGACCCAGGGGCCGCCUCAGCCUCCCCUGACCAAACUGGUAGUGGAGCAGCUGUAAGCGAUAGCCCAGCUGAAGGCAACGAGGUCAUCCCCACAUCUGGAGCCAGGGCAGGUUCAGGCCCCUGACUCGGCUCAGCUGGUGCUUGUUGCUUGGGAACCUGUGCAGGAUCAGGCCCCAGACUAGGUUCAGCUGCCACCUGAGGCAAAGGAUCCGGUGCAGACUGAGUCUCCUCUGGUUCCGAGUCCGAGUCCCAGGCCAUCACAGCAUGCUGCUUCCAUUGGUGCCAUGGGCAUCUUUAUCACGAUUCAUUUUUGCAUUGUGCGUGUAUGUGCACAGUCAUGAGGUCUGGGAUUGUGUGCUAGUAGCCACCAAGAAACAGCAGGAACAGGCACAAACUCAGUGGGGAGGACAAUGAUUAAUGUGAGGAUCAUUUGGUCCUUCAAAGAGGUCUGCCUGAUUUUGCCCUCAGGCCUCAAGAGAUCAGAGAUCAGAGCACUGGAUAUUCUGGUUCCAUUAUGACUAUGUACUCAUAUCCGUGCAACAGGAAUUCUCUAAUGUUUAGUGAAUACAGAUAUGCAUGGGCUGAUAGACCACCCUUGGAAAAUAUUGCAAAUGCCCCAAACUCAAAUAUGUUGAUAAUCAUCUAAACGCUGUUGUAUUGCCUGCAAUAAUGGGUAUUUUUAAUUUUGCAUAUAUAAUUCAUGUAUAAAAUACAAAGUACUUCUGAAGCACAAAUCAUGAUCUAGUAACUUGAUAACUUUCUGCCUUUUCAGAACAUACAAACGAUUCCUUGGGGGCCAAGCAACAGGGCUACUCCCCAACUCCUUCAGAUUAAGAGCACUUGGGGCAUGAUGAGUCUGGAGAGAUCCUCACAGAGAUUUGAAUCAAGUGCUGGUUAAACACAGAAAACACCGCAGUGUUUCAUCUUUGGGUGUGCCAGGAACCUUUCACCAGUUUGAUUUCACUUCCAGUCAAGGUGCACUGUUCUUUGCCCAGCAGUUUCAUGACUGGAUGGUCAAUAUGAAAUUAAGGGGUUCGUCAGACUUCAGAAACACCACUUGAGUGAACAAUGCUCUCAGCAUGCGAAGAUGAUGAUGCUUGAGAGGUUAAGGAAGUGGAUACCAACACGAGAAAUUUCUCACAAAUUGUACUUUGGAAUUACUCAGAGGUCAGGUCCCAUUCAGGCUCGCUCAGCUUCCAAUAACUUUUUCAAGAUGGGCUCUUUGAUGUGCCAAGGCACCCACUAGAAGGGGCAUCAGCUUUCCAAGCCAAUAAGGUUGCUCCUAUUUGCAAAAUCUAAACCACUCAGCAGUUAUAGGUGGUCAAGUCUCCUGUUGUCUCCUCUUCCCUCCCUCCCUCUUUUCCUUUUAAAAAAUUAUGGUUAAAUCACAAAGCUACCAGGGGUCCAGUUUACUCCUGUUGCAAUGAUUUGGUAAGUGAAAAUACCAAGCGCUCAAGCUAGCUGAGGUCAAUUAUAUAUCCCUAACAAUUUAUUAAAAUAGAGUAGAAGAAGAAGAGUUUGGAUUUGAUAUCCCGCUUUAUCACUACCCUAAGGAGUCUCAAAGCGGCUAACAUUCUCCUUUCCCUUCCUCCCCCACAACAAACACUCUGUGAGGUGAGUGGGGCUGAGAGACUUCAGAGAAGUGUGACUAGCCCAAGGUCACCCAGCAGCUGCAUGUGGAGGAGCGGAGACGUGAACCCGGUUCACCAGAUUAUGAGUCCUGGAAUGAGUGCUGGAAUGUAGCAUUUUGCUUGUAUCAUAAGUUCCAUUUUGUUGUGGUUAUACCACUUCAAAAGUACUGCAGUAUAUCCACCUCCCCAUUUUUGUCAUUUUUUAAAAAAUGUAUAUCUGUGUCUAGAAAACAAACAAACAAACAAACAAAUAAAUAAUAAAAAAGUAAUUAUACCCUUGAUGCGAGAGUUAACAUUUUCAUUUUGCAAACUUGCAACACUGGUUCUCUAUAUGUGUGAUGCUGUUUUGAAAGGGGGUACAUGCUCAAAAAACAAUGCAAUGCUGAGCAUAUCAGGUAUUGAAUCUCACUCUGGAAAAAGCUGAGCAAAUGUCAACAUUUUUUCACUCAGGCUUUCCCUAGUCCUUAAGGGCAGACCCUAUUUUACGUGUUGGAAUCCUUCCUCUUUUUCUUUACACUUUUAUACUACUACAUCAUUGCUUUUAUGUUGUUUUAUAUUGUACAUCGUUAACAGAUUUUUUAAAAAGUGUUUUAUAAAUGCUUAAAAUGUUUAUUAAUUUACAAAGGUAUUUGUAUGCCACGUUCUUACAAUAUCAGGGAUAAAACUGUUAGCACGUCUGCAAAGCUAAGCUGAGUUUGGUAUGGUUUCGAAUUGGAUGGGAGCACCGUGUGCUGAGAUUCCUGCACUGCAUUAAAAAAGUUAUUACUUUUAGAUCAUUUUUCUUUCUGAGUAAACCCAGGUGCAUAUAUUGUGUCUGUAGAGCCCAUUUUCUCCAAACGAGAUGCAGUUUGUAUGCAUGCGGAUGGCUGUACAACAGUCAGGCAGGCAAACAAACAAACAAACAAACAAACAAACAAGCAAACGGAAUGUGUCUCCCAGGAUGAAAAAUCCUUCUUCUCGUUUCCUUUUAAAACUCUGCCCAAGCAACGCGAAGGCGAUGCCCAGCUGGCACCUCGUUCCCCGCAAGCCAGGUUCCUGGGACGCGGGCGGCUUUCCUUCUCCGCUCUCUGCAUCUCCGGGCCGCGGGUUCGAGUCUCGCGCGCUGCGGCGGACGGGGCUCCCCGUCCCGAUUUGCAGCAAGGGGCGGGUCUGGCCCGCGUCGCCAUUGGAGGAGCCGAGCCCGUGAGCUCACAGAGGAAGGCCGGGCUCGCCUUAAGGGCGGCUGCUGCUCCCGCUGCUGGUUUGCGACACUCGGCGAGAGGGAGGAUUCUCCGGCCGAGGGGGGAGCGGGAACUCGCCGCCGCCGCCGCCGCUCUUUCCGCCAGGGGCUUCUUCUCGCGCCAGGUAGGGGCGGGCGGGGGCGGCGGCGGCGGCGGCCUUCCUCUGCGGAACGUGGUGUUGCCGUUUGCUGGGCGGGGGGGGGGGGUCGCACGUGGUUCUCCCCCCCGGCAGCCGAGAGGGAGCUGCAAAUGUCUUCUUCCUGGAGCUGCAAGGCGCUCUUCUUUCCCCCGAAGAAUCCUGGCCGGCGCGGGCGGGUGUUGCUGCAACUCGGGCCGCCGCCGCCGCCGCCGAUCCCCGGGCAGAGCCGGGCUCUUCAGUCCUGGGCUGGCGGCGGCGGCGGCGGCGGCGGCGGCUGCUUCUUUCCAGGGGGAGGGAAGAGGAGGAGGAGGGACCUUCGCCUUCCUAGUUGAUGGAAAGUGCUCGAGGGACAGCCAAAGUUUGUGGCGCUUUGGUUUAAAAUGGAACAGGUCCUUCUAGAAUCUGGGCCGCCGCCGGAAUCCGGCUGUAAGAAAACCUGGUUUAAAACGGGGAGGAGACGUAAGCCGCCCCCCCCCCCCGUGGCAGGAUGUGUAGGAGCAGUCGGUCGCCUCUUCGUGGGUUAGCGUGGGGGCUCCCGCAUCUCAUCGCCGGUGGAUCCCUCUGGCUGGGUUCUUCGGUCGAACCAGCUGCAGUUUUUUGUUCUCAAUCCCGGGGUUUCUGUUCACGAGGUUAAACUGCCCCUACAGCUCUCCUGUCAUUGUGCAUAUUUCCUCAAAUAUGUUUAUGUAAAAUGAUUUGCAUGCCAUCUUUUCACAGUUCAAACCGUGCUCCAGGUGGCUUAUGGCACCCAAAAAAAAUGUGUAAUUGCAACGUAACUAAAGCAGCCAUAAAUAAAUUAAAUGUUAAAAAAAUACACAACCAAACUGAGCUGUAUAAAUUGCAGGGUCUAAAAUAAAUAUUCAAAAUAUUUAAACAGCAACGGCCUCCACCCACCAACAAAACCUUCUAAACAACCCCCCAGUGGAAGAGUCUGCUCAGCAGUCUCUGCCUCUGCAGCUGGAGUCAAUCUGCCCCCCCCCCAGGACAGGUGCUAGGCCUCCCUCCCAGUUCUGGCCACAGCCCCGUGCACAGCUCCUUGGGAGUAAUGGCUCUGGGCCUGCCUCCAAGGAAGCCUGCCAGGGGCGGGAAGCAGGAGCGUGUCUGUUUGCGGACUGCGGCUGCGCUCUCCUGCCUGGGGUCUGAGGGCUCCCUUUCCCAUUCCAUAGGCAGAUGCGCUUCACCUGGAAAGGUGGCUCUUGCCUGUGACACCUGGCAAAGAAGAAUUUGUAUCUGCUGCGCUUGCAGUGCAAUGAGGUGACAGGAUGCUGAGACAGUAGGCUGGACUGGGCCACUUGAGCGUCAGGGAGGUUGCUGCUGCAUGUGAGAAUGAAAGGGAAAUGCUCCCAGCCGGAAGGAAGGUUCUGCAGCCUUGCCUUCUGCAUGGGAUGCUCUGGUUUUCUGUUUGCAGGGAGAGUUCGGCACAAGGCAGCAUUCGGAGCCGUAACCCCCCUCUCUUUCUGCAGUCUGAAGUGGUAACAACAGCCCAUUCUACUGCCUCUGAGUUAGGCCAUUGGUCACGCUCAGUAUUGUCUACUCUGGCUGGCAGCCCCUUGGCCAGGGUUCCACUCUCUCCCAGUCCUACCUGGAGAUGUUAGAGAUUGAACCCGGAACCUUUGGGAUGCAGAGCAGCUGCUGUGCCUCUGAGCUGCAUCCUUCCUGCACCUCUUCUGUGUGCAUAAAACAGGCCAAAGAGAGGGCUUGAAGGGGGUGGGUGGGGCGGAGACUGAGAAGAGUCACCUGUGCAAUAUAAUCCUGAAUUGGAGCAGCCCCUUGCUAGUUCUGACCAGGAGCAGAACCAAAACUUUGGAACCGUGGGUCGUGUUGUUGGGUGGGUCGUGUAUGCCAUGUUCCUACUGAGUCUUCUUUCUCUUCUUCUUCCCAGCUCUUGA